AGCGAUUCGCCCCACGAUUAUUUCACUUGCCACCUCCCAACAUAGGCACCCUCCUUGGGUAGCCAGGGUAGGGGAACCCAUAAUUGCCUUCAUCACAUGAAUCGCACGUGCCUAAUGCUCUCGUACGGCAAACCACAAAAUCGAAUGCCGUCCACCGCCCUAGAUGGACGGGUCCAAGAAAAGGAAAAGUCCACACAGAGAGAAACGAUGAGCAACCGACGGCGGUGGAGCUGGACCUCCGCCCUGAUCGGCGCCGCCUCCGCCUCGACGGCGGCCACCAUCAUCUGGUGCCGUCCGAGGGACCCCACAUUCCACCUCAUCUCCAUCACCCUCUCCUCCUUCCACCUCAACCUCCCCCACCUCGACGUGGACCUCAACCUCACCGUCCACGUCACCAACCCCAACGUCGUCCCCGUCCGCUACUCCGCCGCCACCGUCUCCAUCUUCUACGCUGGAUCCCGCCUCGGCUUCGCCCAGCUCAACGCUGGCUCCCAGCCCCCUAUGUCCUGCCAGCUCCUCCGCCUACCCGCACGCCUCCACGCCCUCGAGCUCGCCCACCAUGCCCCGGCCCUCCUCGCCGACGCCGCCCGCCGCGAGAUGGCCCUCGACGCCUCCGUUGACAUCUCCGGCACCGCCCAGGUCCUCUGGUGGGCGCGCCGCUUCAGCAUCCACGUCGACAGCCACAUCCUCGUCGACCCCAUCUUCCUCGAGGUCAUCGACCAGGAAAACCACUCCGAGACCCACCUCUACCUCACCUAAUUGUAGCCAUGGAAAACCUGGGAGCACCUAUCUCGUUAUUGUUAAGAAUCAACGCCCUUUCUGAUACAAAUAGUAACUGUUUGAUAAAA